ACCUGCAAGACGCCCAACCCAAGUUCCACCAAAAUGCAUAACUGACGAUGAAGGCUCGGAGAGUUACCGGGUGGGCCAUCGCGCGCGCCUUCAGCUCCGCGUCCUCUGCUUCACUACCUCAAUCGGGACCGGCGUUCCCUCUGAAAACAGUCACCAAAUCAAACUUUGAAGCCUCGAUUGCUGAGCUUCGUCACCAUGUGCGAGCUUCGGACUUCGUUGCCAUUGAUCUUGAAAUGACCGGAAUCACCAGCGCCCCAUGGCGGGAGUCCUUCGAGUUCGACCGCUCCGAUGUUCGCUACCUUAAGGUCAAGGAUUCUGCGGAUAAGUUCGCCGUCGUACAGUUUGGCGUGUGUCCCUUCCGCUGGGAUUCUGCCAGUCAGUUGUUCGUCGCUUAUCCGUACAAUUUUUAUGUUUUUCCACGUGAAGAGCUUGCGGGCUUGGGUCCUCGUAAUGAGUUUCUCUGCCAGACAUCUUCAAUUGAUUUUUUGGCUAAAUACCAGUUUGAUUUUAAUGCAUGCAUACAUGAAGGAAUAUCUUAUUUAUCCAGAGAACAAGAAAGUGAAGCUAUAAGGUGCUUGAAUUCAAGUAAUGAUGAUGAGUGGUUAGAUGAAGAUUCAAGACUGGGCAUAAAAAAUGUCAAAGACAUAGCAUCAGUCAGCAUCGCAGAUGUGUUGUUCACUGAACGAAUGAAAAACAAAUUCAGUGAAUGGCGUGAUGGAUUAUUUCAGGAGCAAGAAAGGGAAGACAAAAUUCAGAGAUUGUCAGAAGUUUCAAAACAGCAACUUCAAGUCAUUUUCUAUAAGAUGCGUCCAGCUCUAAGACUUUGUGGAUUCACAUCUCAUCAGCUUAAACUGAUUAAGUUGGUUGUCAGAAGCCAUUUCAAAGAUCUUUUUUAUGUCAGUGUAAACAGUGAGGAUUCUGGCUUGCAACAUAUGGUUGUCUAUACAGACUCAAGGGAUGAACUGAAAUCCCUUCUGAAAGAAGUGAAAGACAGGCAUCAAAGGGAAGUAGAGACGAAGAUUCAAGCUGCGGUAGGAUUCCGCCAUGUUAUUGACCUCCUUUCCUCUGAACAGAAGCUGAUAGUCGGUCACAAUUGCUUUUUGGAUAUUGCUCAUGUAUACAGCAAAUUUAUUGGUCCUCUUCCAAGGACUGCUGAAGAAUUUGUCUCCUCUGUUAACAAGUAUUUCCCAUAUGUUGUUGACACCAAAAUGCUCUUGAAUAGCAAUAAUUUACUCCAAACAAGGAUGAAAGGGUCUCCGAAAUCACUGGCCUCUGUAUUUUCCUUUUUGUGUCCACAAAUAGCUGUUGGAUUCAAAAGCAGUGACUUAGCUUCUUCGUCAUCCAUGAAAGUGGAGGUCCAAGUGAAUGAUUUAAGGUCAUCUAGCUGGAACCCUGGAGGCAAGCAUGAAGCUGGAUAUGAUGCUUUCAUGACCGGAUGUGUCUUUGCCCAGCUUUGCAGUCAUUUAGGAGUUAACUUUAAACUCAAUGACUCUUCACAACAUUUAGCCCUCAGCGACAAAAUUCGGAAGUACAUUAACCUUCUUUAUCUUAAUUGGUUGCAUGGGGACGUUAUUGAUCUAAAUACUGGUGAUAAAGUUGCAGAUUUUGGGGUUCAUACCCUCAAGAGACAACAUCAUAAGAUUUUGUUUGAGAAUGUAGUUCUUAUCUGGGGACUUCCUUUCAAGCUCAAGACAAGUGAAGUAAGAGAUUGCAUAACCAAAGUUUAUGGUCCAACUUCUGUAGUUUCGGUCUACCGCUUGGAUGAAACUGCAGUAUUUGUGCAGCUGAGCAAGACUGAACUAGUCUCAGACUUCCUUUCAUUGAAGGAAACCUUAGAGAGACAAGGUAGUCCACUUUCGGCUAUGCAUCCUCUUGCGAAACUUUUGGAAGGUGGAAACACAUGCGCUGCUUCUUAUGAGACUUACAAAGAAAUAUGUGGUUCGCCACUUUCAGAAGUUCUGUUUGCUGAUCAGGCAAAGGCAGCUGGUAUAGAGUGGAAGACCCAGUUAGUAGAACACAAGGCUGACCUGGAAACUGUAGAAAAGACUGAGCCAACCACACUUGACCAGUUACGAAAUGCUGUACCUCAUGAUCAAGUCUCAAAUGAUGAGUUCAUGGGAUCUUUCUGUGCAACUGAGGUGAAUCAGAUCAAAACUGCCAAUUUGCGAUGAUGAGACAAGAUUUAGAUGACUUAUUUCAUGUGUUUGCUAUCGAGUUUUUCAAUAGAAAUACGUGUAGAUGUGAAUUUUUAUCUCGGUUAUGUGGUAUUGAAUUAUAGGUUAAAAAAAAAAACAAUAAGGAGAAUAUUUUUAUUCAUGUUGAUGGCAAAAAUAAAAACUUAAGCCAAAUUGUGCCCUUUGUAA